UAAUUGUUCAUGUCUUUUUAAAAAGCCAAGAAGCUUUCGAAAAACAGACAUCUGAAAAUGAAGAGGAUAUUCAGGAUUUGAUGAUAGUUCAUCGUCCUUCACUAUCUAAUAAAUCAAUCCUUUCUGAGCGCACACCAAUAAUGUUAAACAUUCAUCCUACAACUGAACCUCUUGAAAAAGUAAAAAUAGAAGUUCCUAAAAUGGUCGAGCUGAGAAAAAAUCUUUCAGAGCAAGAGAAAGAAAAUGCAGAGCUUGAAGCAAGACUCAAAGCAACUGCAGAACGGCAUAAAGAACUUGAGAAACAACUAGAAAAAAAACUUGAAGCACAGGAGAGAGAAAAUGCAGAAAUUGAAGCGAAGCUUAAAGCGGCCACUGAACGACGAAAAGAGCUUGAAAGAUUGAUAGAGGAAAAGCUUAGGGCUCGAGAACAACAAGAAUUGGAAGAAACAAAUGAAACAAAAUAA